CUUUGGUUUUACGGCCCAGCGACCACAAAAGUCGAUAGAAACCCUAAUCCGUCGUGGUGCGCACUUUUGUGUUCUUCGUUUCUCUUCGAUCGGCGGACGGGACAAUCCAGUUUCUGUAACGUCCGGGCGGUGCUCAUCCGUUGUCAAGGCCAGGCUGCUUCGAUUCUGGGAGGCUAAGAAUGUUAAGCGUGUUGGGGAGCUUAUGUGGAUGGAUUUGCUCAUGGUGGAUGUUAACGCAACCAUGAUGCAAGCCACAAUCAGUGCUAGCCAUCUCCCACAAUUCCGGGAAAGACUCACUGCCGGAACAAUGUUUUUCGUGUCUGGUUUUGAUGUCUCUAGAUGUGCGCAGAACUUCCGGCUCACAGAUUCAUCUUUGUUGAUCCGGUUCAACGAGUCCACCUAUUUCGAAGAGCUAACUGAGCCUGUCUCCCCCUUGCCCGAGGAAGCAUUCCGGUUCUGUAACCAAUCGGAGCUGAUUGGUUUAGCCAAUACAAACACUCAGUUACCAGACAUCAUAGGUGAAAUACUUGGUGUGAAAAGCACAGUUUGUGAUCCUCCGGAGGAGAAAAACCGUGUCAUAGUGACUACGAAUAGUGAUGAAACUGUCACUUCUACCUGAUGUCUGAGUUCUUUGAGAUGAUGCUGGGUCUGAACCAAGCUCUCGACACUCACCAGUGGGAUUAGUCUUCUGCGGUCCCCACAUUUCCGAUCCUGCUU